GAUUUACAGAUAAUGGCCGAACGUAAUCGCAACUGGGACAAGGAAGACGACCUGCCGGUUUAUCUCGCCCGGCCGGGAACUGCGGACCAGGUACCUCGGCAAAAAUACGGCGGUAUGUUUUGCAAUGUGGAAGGAGCCUACGAGAGCAAAACCAUAGACUUCGGCGCUCUGACUGUAGGACAGCGAGGUGCAAGGACACCAAAGAAUAAAAAUGAAACAACUCAAGAAGCAAAGAGUCCGGACAGUUCGAAAAGUAGCACGUCUACAGAAGCUGCCCCUGUAGAACAAGAGACAAAAGAUAUGGGAGUAGAAAUAAAAAUAACUCGUGGAAAGGAGGUACUUCAGAACCUAGACGACUUGAAGAGUGACAGGCUUUUGAUCAAAGGGGGCAGGAUCGUCAAUGAUGACCAGUCGUUUUACGCGGACAUCUACAUGGAGGAUGGCCUCAUUAAGCAAAUUGGAGACAAUUUGAUCGUCCCUGGAGGGGUGAAGACCAUCGAGGCCAAUGGGAAGAUGGUGAUCCCGGGGGGCAUCGAUAUUCACACCCACUUCCAGAUGCCCUACAGGGGAACCACCACCGUGGACGACUUCUCCCAGGGGUCCAAAUCUGCCCUGGCGGGGGGCACCACCAUGUUUGUGGAUCAUGUGAUCCCCGACCCCGGCAGCAGUCUGAUCGAGGCGUUCGAUCGCUGGAGGGAGUGGGCGGACGAGAAGGCCUGCUGCGACUACUCCCUGCACGUGGACGUCACGCACUGGAACGACAGCGUCAAGCAGGAGGUGGAGACGCUGCUCAAGGAGAAAGGAGUGAACUCCUUCCAGGUCUACAUGGCGUAUAAGGAUCUGUACCAGAUGAGUAACAGUGAGCUGUAUGAGAUCUUCACCUUCCUGGGAGAAAAUGGCGGCAUUGUGCAGGUCCAUGCAGAGAACGGCGAGAUCAUCGCAGAGGAGCAAGCGCGGAUGCUGGAGAUCGGGAUCACCGGCCCGGAGGGGCACGUUCUGAGCCGACCAGAGGAGUUGGAGGCAGAAGCAGUGUUCCGCUCCAUCACCAUUGCCAGCCAGACAAACUGCCCCCUCUACAUCACCAAGGUCAUGAGCAAAAGUGCAGCAGACAUCAUCUCCCAGGCCAGGAAAAAAGGCAAUGUUGUGUUUGGUGAGCCAAUCACGGCCAGCCUUGGGACAGACGGCACGCACUAUUGGAGCAAGAACUGGGCCAAGGCAGCAUCCUUUGUGACAUCACCACCUCUCAGUCCAGACCCCACCACCCCGGAUUACCUGAACACCUUAUUAGCCAGCGGUGACCUGAAUGUGACAGGAAGUGCCCACUGCACCUUCAGCGUGGCCCAGAAGGCCAUUGGAAAGGAUGACUUCACCCAGAUCCCUGAGGGUGUGAACGGUGUGGAGGAGAGGAUGUCACUGAUCUGGGACAAAGCAGUGGUCACAGGCAAAAUGGACGAGAACAUGUUUGUUGCUGUGACCAGCACCAACGCGGCCAAGAUCCUGAAUUUGUACCCCAGGAAGGGCCGGAUCGCCGUUGGCUCAGACUGCGACCUGGUGAUCUGGGAUUCGGAUGCCGUCAGGACCAUAACGGCUAAGACACACCACUCGGCUGCUGAGUACAAUGUGUUUGAGGGCAUGGAGCUGCGUGGAGCCCCACUGGUGGUGAUCUGCCAGGGCAAGAUCGUCCUGGAGGACGGGAACCUGCAUGCUACCUCCGGCACGGGACGUUUCAUCCCCUGCACCCCCUUCCCCGACUUUGCCUACAAGCGCGUCAAGGCCAGGAAACAGCUGGCCGUCCUGAGGGCAGUUCCCCGGGGCAUGUACGACGGGCCGGUGUCCGACUUCUCCCCCCUGUCCCGCGGGGGCACGCCCUCCGCCUCCACCCGCACCUCCCCCACCAAACAGUCCGCGCCCGUCAGGAACCUCCACCACUCCGGAUUCAGUCUAGCAGGUAACCCUGCACAACGCGGUCCCCCCACUACAGAGGAAACCCCCAUUCGGCCAGCGGGACGGCGCAUUGUAGUGCCACCUGGUGGCCGCUCUAACAUCACUUCUCUCAGCUAAAUUAGGAAACUGAAAAAUAACAAAACGUGUCCAAAAAACACAGCCACUGGGAACAAAGACAUGAUUGGUUAAAGUUUAAGUCAGACGAAACACUGAGUCCUCAUGCCUUACCGAUUACGACUGCUACCUGCUACAGAUUUAAGAGCUUGGUAUUCCUUUUCCUCAGAAAUACAUAAUAAAAACUUUUUCUUAUUAUUGAGUGGAUUUUCUAAAACAAUGUCAGUAACUUUAUCAUUAGUAAAUUCAGUUAAAAUUGUCACUGGAGGUUUACCUUUAAUGAAUUGCAUUAAAAAGGAGGAUAAUUCUUUGUAAUGGCCCUUUUUAUGACGUCUCUGUUGGAGCACAGCCACAAAAAACAGUCUUUGAAAGUUUAGAGCUAAUUAAUUAAUUUUCAAAAAGAAAGGCUCACUGGUAAAAUAUUAUUAUUAUUUUCACAUUGCAUAAAUUCAUAAUUUCUCAGAGUGUAGCUUAAUUAAUUUCUACCAGCUGUAAACAAAUAAUCACCAGAAUUAGCUGAGACAGUAGAAAUGAAUGGUGACUAAGUUUUUGUUUUUCAAAAUUAUUGGAUGGAAAAAAGCUCCCCGAAAAAUUCCUCUCAAUGGUGCUUCAAACAUAAGCAUUUUUAUACAUAUAUUGCGGCCUAAAGUAUUAUACGUUUAGUAACCAGUCAGAAGAUUCUGUAUUUGUGCUUUCUAGGAAAAGGAAUACUAUUUCAGAAUGUUGCAGAAUGUUUGAUUUUUUUGAUUAUAUGACGCUUUCGAUGUCUUCUUACUAGUUUGCAAUAGUCCAUUGCAAUGUUAACAUGCAAUCCCAUCAACCCUAGAUAGGUGGCAGUGUGAGUCUAGUAGAUGUAACGUAGCUUUGUGAAUGAUGUUAGUGCUGUUUCCUUGGGUUGUGGAACCAGGAAUAUUUGAUAGCAUAAUAAUUUAAAAACAAGAUAAAGCGUAUCUGGUGUGCGGACACUUGUGCACGUACAAACACGCUGCUAGAGGAGUGUUCCAUGCUUUUCAACGCGCUCUGUACUGCCGCAUUGUGGGUGAUUGUUCUUCGCAUUUGCUUAUUAAUCUCAAUCUUAAUGCCUGUUCUAAUCUUACAUUAAUUGCAAACAAUUUGGGAAAAGGAAAUUCAGCCUUCAUAAAUAAAAACAAAAUCCAGAAUCAAACAAGAAAUAAAAAUAUUAUUUCUUGUAAGUUCACUUUGGCGAUGAAAUUGAUAUUAGGAAGUUAAGAUAUGGAAAUACAAAUAAAAAUGAAAAACCUGCUUUGAAAUAACAGUAUUUGGACUUUUUAAUUUCCUUUUAACAAUAAUAAAUGCUGUCCUUUUCGUUUAUGCAAUCAAACGCUGGUAACUACUUCCUGCCUUGCCACUGUUCCGCGCAGAGUGUGAUGAGAGAAAGAGGAUUUUGAAAUGGUCAGGUAGCUCCAUUUGCUAUGCUUUUCGUCAAAGCACAUAUUCAGCGCCAGAGCUUAAAUUGAGUUCGGCUCCGUCCUGCCAGACUGGCUGAAGCUAGCACAUUUCACAUUACGUCAUUCAGGGCGGGGGCAAGGGAGGAUGUCCACCCUGUUCUACUGCCUUCGCCCAAUAUGUCUCAGCAACUCUGAUUCUAAACUCCAUACGCUAAACUGGCCACAACCGGAGAGGAGGUUCUAUCACUAUUCGGCACCUGAAAAACAGGCUUCCCGAUUCACUGUCAGUUACAAAACUUCUGGAAGUCUCUCAUCCGUUAUUACAGUGUGUGAAAAAGGGGAAUUUUGUAUGUUUUUAGUGCUCAGUGAGGUGAGAAAAGUAUGGCAUUGCUUGCUGGGUGCCGUUUUUUUUCACCAAUCCCAAUCGACUGACGGAAGAACAUGAGGUCACGUUUAAAAAUAAUAGUACAUCACAGUGCUGUGUGUGCAAACCGUUGAAAUGGUUGUUAUAUUUAUGUUAGUUUGACUGUUUUUAUUAUUGUUUUUAUGUUCUUUCUUUUUUACUGUUGUAUCAAGAACCCAGAAAAAGGCAGGUCAAAAACCAAUGAAGUGUUGAGUGGUUGUAUGAUUUUUCCUGAAUAAAUACAAGUUGCAAUCUG